AUGUUCGCGACAUUCCUAAUACCAUCAAAUGUUCAAAUUGGUCAUAGUUCAGAUGAGUACCGCCAGGCGGCGUGUCAUAGCGGCCCCGGAUUAGCGAUCAGAGUUGAACAGGUCAGUGCCACGGAGUUAAAACCAGGUCAGUGCCGCACAGAGCCAAGGUCAGGUCAGUGCCACACAGAGCCAAGGUCAGGUCAGAGCCACACAGUGCCAAGGUCAGGUCAGAGCCACACAGAGCCAAGGUCAGGUCAGAGCCACACAGAGCCAAGGUCAGGUCAGUGCCACACAGAGCCAAGGUCAGGUCAGAGCCACACAGAGCCAAGGUCAGGUCAGUGCCACACAGAGCCAAGGUCAGGUCAGAGCCACACAGAGCCAAGGUCAGGUCAGUGCCACACAGAGCCAAGGUCAGGUCAGUGCAACACAGAGCCAAGGUCAGGUCAGAGCCACACAGAGCCAAGGUCAGGUCAGUGCCACACAGAGCCAAGGUCAGGUCAGUGCCACACAGUGCCAAGGUCAGGUCAGAGCCGCACAGAGCCAAGGUCAGGUCAGUGCAACACAGAGCCAAGGUCAGGUCAGUGCCACACAGUGCCAAGGUCAGGUCAGUGCCACACAGAGCCAAGGUCAGGUCAGAGCCACACAGAGCCAAGGUCAGGUCAGUGCCACACAGAGCCAAGGUCAGGUGAGUGCCGCACAGAGCCAAGGUCAGGUCAGAGCCACACAGAGCCAAGGUCAGGUCAGUGCCACACAGUGCCAAGGUCAGGUCAGUGCCACACAGAGCCAAGGUCAGGUCGGUGCCACACAGAGCCAAGGUCAGGUCAGAGCCGCACAGAGCCAAGGUCAGGUCAGUGCCACACAGAGCCAAGGUCAGGUCAGUGCCACACAGAGCCAAGGUCAGGUCAGAGCCGCACAGAGCCAAGGUCAGGUCAGUGCCACACAGAGCCAAGGUCAGGUCAGAGCCACACAGAGCCAAGGUCAGGUCAGUGCCACACAGUGCCAAGGUCAGGUCAGUGCCACACAGAGCCAAACACCACUCUGCUAUCCUAUAUGCUACAUUACCUGAUUUAGUUCAUCUUUUUGUGUUUUUAAAUAUAUAUAUGUAAUUUGCUAGAAUAAACUGCUUAUGUAUGUAUAAUUUUAGCUAAUGGAAACAUUUUUCUCACUUGGCCAAAGAAACCCGGUGCCUAGUGUGUAAUUACAUCAACCUCCCCUCCCCCCUAAACCCCCGUCGGCAUCAAUUUCCCCUCAACUCCCCUCAUCAACCGUCUACACAUAUUUCUAUCUCAUCAAGUCAUCCACUGAUGGAUUGAAGGCACGAGAACAUUGCAUUCAGUUCAUAUUUAUUUUCUAUCGAUUGGUGCUCCCUGUUCUUCUGACCAAAUAAUGUUAUUUCGUUCUACUGAAUUCGGUUCAGCUUUUGUUAUCACCUUUUACGUCAGUUACGUCAGGUCAGUUGAGAUACCAGGUCAGAGGUCAGAGGUCAACUGGGGUCGUUGAAGGAUUGCAUUGUACCAAUGCACUUGUUAAUACUCUUAAGAAAUAAUAUGAAAUCUGUCUCUGUGAUAAAUAUAUAAUUAGUGUGACGGAUGAUCUACUAAUUAAUGAACCAUUUUCCUGCGCUUAUACAAUUACGUGUAAAUAAACCAUUGUAGUGAGUGAAUUACCCUUCCCUUUCCGUCAACUGUCUCCAUUGUUUUGUUCUAGUAAUUACGGUCAUAGAAUUAGAAUUUGUGGAUUGAACUGCUUUGAUAACAUUUUUGGUGAACAUGGUUUAUUUUUUUCUCUAAAGGGAGUUUCCUACAAAAAAUAAAAUGCUUUGUUGAAGAAGAAAUUUUUGAACUUUAUAUAUAAUUCAGGUGUCAGAUGGGUUUUAGUGCACGACUGUUCAAAGCGGUAUAGAUGUCGUAAGAGCGAGAGAAACAUGAGAAUCAAAAAAUCAAGAAACUGAAACAAAGAGAAUCCAAAUAUUGAACAGUAUUGUGUGCCCUGUCUCUUGAGAGGAAGAACCAAGAGUGUGUUAAUGUGUCUGAGGAGUUCUUCCUUGUGUGUGUUGUCUUGGAAGACUCGACAUUCCCCCAGGGUAAUGACUGUGUAUAUUGUGUCUAGUUGUAAUGUGUGUUCAGGGAGGUGUUGAGGUCCUCCAGGAGGUCCUUGCCCGCUCCAGGAGGUCCUUGCCCGCUCCAGGAGGUCCUUGCCCGCUCCAGGAGGUCCUUGCCCGCUCCAGGAGAUCCUUGCCCGCUCCAGGAGAUCCUUGCCCGCUCCAGGUAGCCCUAUAGGAGGAAACUUGUUCAGUUUACCUAGUCCUCCAGGUACUAUCCAGCCUAGUUCAUCCUUCUGGGCGUUAUUAUUUGGUUGAGGUAGUCAACUGCACUGUCGAGCCGGAGCAGUCCUCCAGAAGAUCAGUAUCCGAUCACUGUAAUCCGCCAAAUGGAUACUAUCCGGUCCAGCAAGUCGUACUUACAGAGACCAUUGCUUGGCUCAGGUAGUCCUUAAAGAUGCCACUGUGUAUCGGAUCAUUCCGCUCUAGGAAGGAUACUCAUCCUGUGGAAAUCUGUCCGGUCCAGGCAGUCCUGUAGGAUGGGGGGGUAUCUGAACUAAGUACUCCCCCGCGGAGGGCAGCUUCCCUCCGGACUCCUGCCGUCUAAGAUAGGGACAUUUCCAACCAGGAGGGCGUCCUGGUUCCUCUUGGAGGGCGUCCUGGUUCCUCUUGGAGGGCGUCCUGGUUCCUCUUGGAGGGCGUCCUGGUUCCUCUUGGAGGGCGUCUCCACCUCCACCCAAAACCUCUGGCGGGUCAUGUUAGCUUUUGUACAACUCUCGAUGUCAUCUGAUCGUUAUACACACAACAAAAUAAAACUUUGUAUAACCGAA